UCGGUUAAACCCUUUUCUUCCAUAACGCAAAUCAAGGGCAGCGCGAGAAACCCUAUUCGGCAAUCCCUUCUUCACCCACUAAUUCCAGUCUUGGAGAGUUGAAGAGAGAGAAUCCAUGGCCAACAAUCCUUCGCAGCUCCUCCCAUCAGAGUUGAUAGAUAGGUGCAUAGGGUCGAAGAUAUGGGUGAUAAUGAAAGGCGACAAGGAACUCGUCGGCACUCUUAGGGGUUUCGACGUCUACGUCAACAUGGUCCUAGAAGACGUCACUGAAUAUGAAAUCACCACUGAAGGGCGACGUAUAACGAAGCUUGACCAGAUUUUGCUUAAUGGAAACAACAUUGCCAUUCUGGUCCCUGGUGGUUCCCCUGAUCCGGAAUAAGCAUCGCAUCCCUUUCCCCAUCUGACCUUCAAGAAAGUCUGCUUUUGCCAAAUUGAGCUUUGCAUGGUUGUCCAAAGGAGGCUUGGGACAUGGUCAUGGGAGAAUGGAUGUUGCGGACACUCACCAUGCUGGAUAUUUGUGACUGUUGUGAUUAGAAUAGCGUUUCUAUUUAAGUUCAGGUACCUUUAGCUUGUCAAUACUCUACCCUGAGGAGAACAGCAUAUGGUAAUGAUUUGAAUUAGAAAGAAAUCUAGAUUUGAAAGUCAAGUUGGAUCAUUCUGCGUGAAUGUGCAGUCCUGAUUGCACACUAACUGCAGCGGAGGGAGAAAUGGAAAAAAGAAAAUAUAAUCUGAAUCAUUUUCAUCGGAUAUGUUAGCCUCUGAUGAAAAAUGUCUAAAUGCUCGACUGUAUGUUCACCUACUAUUUAAUGGCUACCUACUAAAGCAGAUGAAUUGUACCACUGCUUCUGUAUUUCUUUUAUUUGAUGUGGCAACAAAGAGCCUGUAUUGUCAUUGCAACAGGAAACUGGUGAAUGACUAUUAGCAUUUGCUUAUUUAUUUAUUUUUUUAGUUUAAUGGUUAGAGAUGUCUGGGUCAGGUUGAG